AUCGCAAUGUGUCAAAGGCUGUCAUAGUUUUUCUUCAAAUCGUAGUUCUGUGCUUCUUUGUCUGAUAAUUCUUGUGUAUAUUUAUUAAAAUAGAAAACUGAAUUAUUUUAAAAUAUAAAGUGGCCUUAUUAAACAUUUAAACGCGGCGUUAUCGUCAAAAACAAUCGAUAUUCAAAAUUUUGUUCCACAUUGUGAGUGCAUUGUCGAAGAAGUGAAUUGUUUUUUAGAUUUCACGGUAAUAUUUUAGCGCUUCUUUUAAUAAAUUAUUAAAAAUGUCUGGAGUGCGUGUCGGUCGCGUGCCUAAGCGCAGAAGAGCGAAUCGUGCCAAGUCGCGGUCAGUGUUGAGAAUGAUGGCAAUCAUGCAGGACAGGAACAGUGAGGAGGUACCGCGGGAGUUCCUCGAAACUGGCCGGACGGGGCGACGGAACGCCAUGCCCGACAUCCUGCAUCCGCAAGGCGCUGAGAUGACCACAGCGGAUCUGCCCUCGAGGUUACAGAACCUCGUCACUACGGACCCCGACAACCCCCAGCCGGGUCCUUCAAAAGCGGACCUAGAACCGAACAAAGUCGACGAAGCGACAGCUAAAAAGGACUGCAGUUGAGCUAACUAUCGCAGUCCACAGGACUACACUGGACUUGCCCAAAGCUUGUAAUCUCAAUUAACAUAGUAUUACUAAGCAAUCAUGUAGCCCCACCUUAAGGAUUAGACGUAGCUAGUGUAGAUAUAGACUUGUCGAUUUUGUGUUUUGAGGCUGUCGAAAUUAGUGCGUAUUCGUUUUGUAUUUAAGUAGGUAUGUAAAUUGUAUGCGUUUAAAAGUAAGCAUAUUGCUGGACAAUAUUCGACAUUUUUUUUUACUUUUGCGUUAGUUUUCUUUUAUGAAGUUUAUUUAUUAUUCAACUUCAGAAACUUUUGUUUGAAUAUUUUUGUUAAAGUAAUUGAUGGUAGAAUUAAAACAAAUGGCAGCUAUGUUGGUGUAACAAAUACAUAGUACAAAUAUUUUAAUCGAUGUUUCUUUCAAAUUUAACAUGUAAAACAAUUAUUAUUAAUAGUAUUGUGAUAUAUUUGAAUUGUUCCUAUAAAGUUUCAAGUUUAAUUAAUAAAUAAUAAUUUAUAUUGUACAUAGUGAAAAAGUGAGUGUUUUCUACGUAGAUGUUGACAGUUUUUAUUUAAUAAAAUUUUGUAUUUAUUAGAAUUUAAUUGAGUUCAAUUGUGAUACUUGAUUGUUUUUAAUGUAUAUAUUUAUUUUUAUGUUAACAACAGGUGGGGAUACAUUUAAACUUAUUUUUAACGGAAUCUGAUUGUUACAAGUAAAUUAUUUGAAAUUGUAAUACCCAAGUGCUUUCUGCUUUAAUACAGCAUUUUUCCGUUAAAUUUUUCUUGUGAUAAUUUAUUCUCAUUGUAAUAUAAAAAAAUGUGAAGGUAGUCGCAACCUUAGGAGUUAAAUUUUUAUAUAAUACCCCCAACUCCUUAUAAAUACGUAAUAAUUACUAUGAUAGUCAUCUAGUGUGUAUUAUCUAUUCAUAAAUGAAGUUAGUUAUUUGAGUGUCUCGAAUUUGUAUAUUUUUCCAUAUAAUGCGAUUGGAGGUGAGCCAAUUACAAAUGUGAAUCAAUUUGUACUUGCUAUCAAUGGCUUAUGAAAGUUUAUUUUAGAAUUGCACAAAUUCUGGCACAUUUACAUCUGUGUUUGUAUGUUUUAUUGUAUUGUUAUACAUCCUCACUGUACCUAAGUACAUCAUUGCAUUUUUAGUGUGACAGUGUUCAAAUGUUUCAAAGUACAAAUUUUUAUUGUUCUUGUUCGAUUGUCAGUUAGGAAAUUUAUUUUUAUCUGGUGGUAAAAUGACCUCAUAUUUUAUUCUCUAACUAACUAACCUCUGGUGAAGAUGCUUUGAAGCUGAUUCAAAUAUGAAAUUUAUUUUAAAUCCAUUUUAACAUUCAUCAUGAUUACUUAUAAAGGUUAUAAGUGGAAUAUUUUGAGAGAUUUUUUAGCAACAGAUCAUAGGCGGAGGCUACACGUCAAUAAAUAUUGUGAUAUUUACUAUCGUCGCCGUCGCGUCGGUCGGUCAAGCUCUGCAACCAGCCUAAUGUUCAAUGGUUAUGUAUUUCAACUUAAAUAGCAUUGUCAUUCAGAAUCGUUUAUCUUUUAUCUACAGAUAAUAACAGCGUCUAUAGAAAUAUAGAAGUUAGUUGUUGUCAUCAUUCUAACUACGUAUCUAAGGCUGGUUGCAGAGCUUGACCGACCAUCAGUGCGUACCAUCGGUCCUGACGAUACGCA